CCCCCCACCCGAAGCUAUCGACUCGCGAACUAUCACGGCCUGGACAGCUUGUGGUCAUCGACAACUUGGGGCCUGUUAAUCCACCUGCGAAAUAUUAAGGAGGCUCCUUCCCGUACGCGUGCAAGAUCACCGACGACCACACGAACAUGAAAGAAAUGUACCUGCUUCGCAAGAAAUCUGACACGACCGAAGCGGUGCACACGUACAACACGUGCGUCGCAGCGGCAGGAGGCUACCGGAUCGAGACCAUCCGCUGCGNUAAAGGAGGCUCCUUCCCGUACGCGUGCAAGAUCACCGACGACUACACGAAGAUGAAAGAAGUUUACCUGCUUCGCAAGAAAUCUGACACGACCGAGGCGGUGCACACGUACAACAUGUGCGUCGCAGCGGCAGGAGGCUACCGGAUCGAGACCAUCCGCUGCGACAAGGGAGGCGAGAACACCGGAUCCGAAUUUCGGGACUACUGCAAGAAUUCAGCUAUCAAGCUCAAAUACGUCGCCACCAACACCCCUCAACAAAUUGGUGUAUCGGAACGGGACGGACAAACCCUGNAAUUUCGGGACUACUGCAAGAAUUCAGCUAUCAAGCUCGAGUACGCCGCCACCAACACCCCUCAACAAAUUGGUGUAUCGGAACGGGACGGACAAACCCUGGCCGGAGUCACCCGGUGUCUUCUGAAGGAUGGAGAUUUUCCGCCGUCCAUGUGGGGGGAGUUAAUGCUGACUGCAGCAUACCUGUUGAACAGGUCCCCACACUCAGCACUGGGAGGAGCUACGCCAUACUCGAAGUUGCACAAUAAAUCACCUGAUCUCUCGGAACUUCGGAUCAUUGGAGCGCGCGCCUUCGUACACCACGAGAGAUACCGAAAGAAGCUGGACGACAGAGCUUUCGAAGGCAAGCUAUGUGGUUUCGGCCUCGACAGCCAGACCUACCGGGUAUUGAAUCCAUCCAACGGGGCCGUGGUCGAGAGCCGGAAUGUGACUUUCAUCGAAUCUCCACCCCGCUCAGUGCCCUUCCAGUAUUUCACUGAAGCAAACGGGUACGAGAGCGACGUGCUGAGCUUCACCUCCCUGCUGGACAGCCCCCACUCGACGAGCGACCUGGACUUCACGGCGCAGAACGAACUCCUUCGGCAAGAAUUCCGGAAGAUGCAGCAAGACUAUCUCGCUCGGGAGAAGCUUCGCCUAGAACUGGACGGACACGAAAACGAACAUGGAAACGAGCAAGAUCUCGACGACGGGGACGCUCCAUCACCACAUGUCCCAUCGACGCCAGCUGGAUCGUCAUCCGAGACCCACGCAUCUAGCCCCAGUCCAUCAUCGUCGAACCCGACUGAACCGGACACUUCUGCAUCAACUGGAUCCUCCGGCAUGCGGCGCCUGCAAGUCACCAGAGCCAGCACGCGCGGGAAGCCCACCAGCGACGAUCAUAUCGACGUCAACUUGGUUCCUGCCAAUCUGGAAGUCACCAUGAACGACCGCGGUCGAGCCCAUGCUACAACGGGCCGCGUGGAGCCAUCCGGUCUUUCCUUCACUCAGCUGGCUGAGAUAGCCGAUCAAGCCCAGCUCCCAUGCCCUGGCGAUACUGAGGAUUCCGCCGACGUUGCGGAAGACCCCUUGACGGUGCCGCGUGCUCACGCCUACGUCACGACCACUUACGAACACCACGGGAUCUUGGAGGAGACGAAUCAAACGAUCAAAAUCGCCAACACCUACGACGAAGCCAUGAGCUCUCCCCAGCGCGAAGAAUGGAAAGGAGCGUGCAGCAAGGAAAUGGACAACCUGCGGAAACACAACGUCUACAAUCUGG